ACUCCCACACUGUCAAACUGGAUACACACCAGGACACAGCCAGGAGUACAUUCAGGACUAAGCUGUGACUUAAGCGUGGCUUCUUGUAUUUUGUAAACAAGUUGCUAGGGAGUUUGUUGACAAUUAGGGCCAAGAGGUUUUUAUCUGAACAGUGUUUCAUUUGGGACCGACAGACUGAAAGAAGAACGCACAGGCAGUUUUGGAAGACAGAUAAAGACUUAUAGCCAUGAGUGCUGAGGAGCAGGGUGCUGGGGAGUUUCACAUACAUAGGGACGUUAUGGAUGAGUUAUGCCUGAACAAGGUGGCCAAAAGACGGAUUCAAUACACCAAACCAAUAAAGAAGAGGAUGAAAGAUUCACUCAGGUGUUCAGUGCCCAAGCUGAAGCGUUCUGUGCUGGGCUUUCUGCCUGUACUGUCAUGGCUGCCCCGCUACUCACUGAGAGACAACGCCCUGGGAGACCUCACCUCUGGCAUCAGUGUCGGCAUCAUGCACUUGCCUCAGGGUAUGGCCUAUGCUCUCCUGGCCUCUGUGCCCCCAGUGUUUGGUCUCUACACUUCCUUCUAUCCGGUACUAGUCUACUUCAUCUUUGGAACCUCCAGACACAUCUCCAUAGGCACAUUUGCUGUGAUCAGCAUCAUGAUAGGCAGUGUGACAGAGAAGCUAGCUCCAGACAGUAACUUCCCAUCCCUAAAUGAAACCAACGGGACUGGAGGUGUAGAUUUAGCAGCCCGUGAUGCCUACAGAGUACAGAUAGCCGCUAGCACCACUGUGCUGUGUGGACUAUUUCAGAUUCUGCUGGGCAUGAUGCGCUUUGGUUUUGUGGUUACUUACCUUUCUGAGCCCCUGGUACGUGGCUACAUGACAGGAGCAGCAACACACGUCGUCGCCUCCCAACUCAAAUACGUCUUCGGUAUUGACCCUGCACGCUUCUCCGGACCGCUGUCUCAGGUCUAUCUCCUAAUUGAUAUAUGUAGACUGCUUCCUGAGACUAACAUUGGGGCCCUGGUGGUCAGUCUAGUGGCCUUGGUGGUCCUCAUAACCGUCAAAGAACUCAACACCUGCUAUGAGAAGAAGCUGCCUAUGCCAAUUCCAAUAGAACUCAUAGUGAUCAUAGCAGCAACACUCAUCUCAUACUACGGGGACCUGAACAGCCAAUACAAUGUGUCUGUGGUCGGGGAGAUCCCCCAAGGACUGAAGCCUCCAAGUCCACCUGACAUCAGCCUGUGGGGUUCGGUGGUUGGCGAUGCGUUUGCUGUGGCCAUAGUUGGCUACGCCAUUAAUAUCUCCUUGGGCAAGACAUUUGGCCUUAAACAUGGCUACAAGGUGGACAGCAACCAGGAGUUGGUGGCUCUGGGUCUCAGUAACACAGCUGGAGGAUUCUUCCAAUGUUACGCUGUCACCUCUUCUCUGUCUCGUAGCCUCAUCCAGGAGAGUACGGGGGGCAAAACACAGGUUGCCGGGGUGAUUUCAUCAGUGAUUGUGCUGGUCACUGUUUUGCAACUGGGGACACUGUUUGAAGAGCUACCCAAGGCUGUCCUGGCUUGUAUAGUGUUUGUGAACCUGAAAGGAAUGUUUAGGCAGUUUCUUGACAUUCCUGCCCUCUGGAAGAGCAACAAGGUUGACCUGAUGGUGUGGUUGGUAACGCUGGUGUGUACUGUAUUGCUGAACCUGGAUAUCGGUCUGGCUGCAUCCAUUGCCUUCUCACUGCUCACUGUCAUCUUCAGAUCACAACUACCACGUUACUCAAUCCUGGGGCGGGUUCCUGGGACUGAGCUCUACCUGGAUACAGAUACAUAUGAGGAGGUGAAAGAGAUACCAGGUGUCAUUAUCUUCCGUUCCUCCACCACAAUGUACUAUACCAACGCUGAGCUAUACCUGGAUGCCCUGCUGGAGAAGAGUGGAAUUGACAUAGGAAAGCUACUAAUGAAGAAAAAGAAAAAAGAUUCUGAACAAAAAAGGGCAGACAAAAAAGAAGAAAAGAGAGCCAAAAUAAAGGCAAAAAACCAGAAGUGUUUGAAUGGACACUUACCCAAUGGAACAGUCCACCCAGAAGAUAAGGAUGUAGAGAAGGAUUUCCAAGACCUGAGAGGGAACCAACUGGCCGUUGUCGUAACUGACAGCACCGCCAACGGAAAGGUAAACUGGGCCUUUGACCAGCAAGGUACCGGGUCUGACCAGGACUCUGAGAUUGGUAGUUAUGGUGACAAUCACAUAACACAGGCAGCCAGUACCGGAUCAGAAAGCGAGAGCGGGAAGAGCGCCGACAACAGCACACACACCAUCAUCCUGGACUUGUCCACAGCCAGCUUUGUCGACACGGUUACAGUGAAGAUUUUGAAAAACAUAUUCAGAGACUAUAAAGAGAUUGGCAUUGAUGUCUAUUUAGCUGGAUGCCAAGUCUGUGUGGUGGAGCAGUUAUCCAUUGCAGGUUUCUUCUGUGAGUCAAUCCCUAAAAGCUGCCUAUUUGCUACGGUCCACGAUGCGGUGUUACACAGCCUCCGGGUGCACGGGGACAAAGACAGACCACAGUACGAGUGUGUUUUGGACAUGAGCUCCACUACCAAGAUGUAACCGUCAUAGGAGUCAGCAACUUCCUCCUCCUUCUCCUCCCCUCCUCUAGCCUCGUCACUACGCCUCCUCGCCUCCUCCCGUCACUAUGCCAUCAACUCAGUGGCUUCCCCUUGUCUCUUCCCUCUCUCUGUGAAGGAGAAUGCACCACAGAUAUAUCUAUGGAAUGCACCACCACGACAUGACGGUCAGUUUCCAUGGAGAUAAAUGGUGCCGUUGCUGUAGCAACAGGGCUUUUAUAAUGGCUUGUAAUGAGCCAGCCAGUGAGACUUCACUUCAACCCUCUCGGUCGCUCUCUCUGAGUGUAUGAGAGACAGACAGAAAACGAACAAGAAAAUGGCGAGAAAGAAAAUGAGUGGGAGGGAGAAGGGCAAAAGACAGGAAAACAGAUGGGAACAUAUGAGAGAGGAGGGAGAAAAUGGAACCCUGGACUAAUAUGAAUGUGUAUUUAUAGACAUGGAGCGGGUGGUGUGGGGGGUGAGGUGACAGAGGAGAACUGAGAGUCACUGUGUGAGAGGCGUUUGUUAGUUGACCUGCGGUGUGUUUGGGUAUGUGUGUUUGGGAUUUGCCAAUUGGACCAAGGCAGUUCCCCAUGAUGUUAUGUUUAAAAAAUGCAAAAUGCCAAACAUCAGACAGCAACCUCAUAGGGAUUGGCUGGGAGUGUAGUCAAGUCAUUUGUUUCUCUCGCUCUCAUCCUAUUUCACAUUUUGCUGAAACAGAGGCAGUGUUCUCCCUGAAAAAAUUUUUUUUUUCUAAAAUAACCCUCAACACAUAAUGCUAUAUUUACCCAGUAUCAGAUCAGCGAUAACCACAAUGUUCUUGGUCAUUUUGAUCCGUAAUUUAGCCUUGACCUUGUUCGAUAACUUGUGAACAGUGUGUCCUGCAAACAAUCAUUGUUCUGUACAUACUGAUCCCAUGAGGAUGAUUUUCCUAUGACCCCAGAGACUAAACAAUAAUAAUCUGAAGUUACAGUGGAUAUAAAGACUACAUGCCUUCAAUAUGAUCUUGUUUCUAACAAUAUAUAAGUGAAUAAUUGUGAACACCCUUUAUUGAAGGGAAUUUAACAGUAUUCAGAUUUAACCAAUCACAUUCCAAAUCAUGCACAAAUGUAAAAUACUGUCACCUCAACUGAGAUUAAUUGAAUAAAAUCAGCUGUUCCUG